AUGUCCGGAACCAACCAAGAUGUGGCCGCGCGUCGCGGACGCGACGCCCAGCGGCGCAGUCGCAGAUGCAAGAUGCUGCAAGAGAGCCGCCAGGCUGGCAACGACAGCGACGACGAAGGCGACGAUGUUGACGACGAGAGUGCUAUCGAAUACGACGGCCUAGAGGAUUGCCUGGAAAAGAAGCCGGUUAGGAUCCCAGAAGCCAAGCAGUGGGUCGAUUCCGAGGCCAAAACCGCCAUAUCCGAAGUCAGCACCAGCCUUAACUGGGAAGCCCUCGCAGCCGAAAUUUAUAUGGCUCGUAUCCGCUACAACACCACCGAAGACAACAGCGAGAAAACCGUUACUGGUGGCUCCGUCGUCGCUGCAAUUCGCGAUACCGAUAUCAACCACGCCGGCAGCUGCAACAGCUUCGCCAACGCAGCAAACCCUAGCCAGGGUCACGAGACCGACAAGAACAAGAUCAUGGGCGGCAAAAGCAGCAAGAGCGGCAACGAAAGCAGCGGCGGUGGCUACAUCAAUGCAUUCAAGCCCAUAAAUGUCAGGUGGGUCCCUCCCGAAACCGGCCUACACCUGUUCCUUGCUGCCAUCAAUAGCCUCGUCAUCUAG